UCUGAACUAGGCAACAUAUGAAAGAUAAUGAAGGACGACAGUAAGUCUUCCUUUGCGAAUGGCCUAAUAUCCAUUUCUCUUGUAAUGCUUCUCUGCUCACCCUAUUUCGAUAUGCAUACAUCACUAACAGAUAAUCGUACAUGUUAUUUCUCCGUAGAAGCUGCUUGUUUUCGUCCAAGCAACUAUACGCAUUAGUAAUUUCCAUAAUGUUCAAGUGUUGUGUUCCAUGUAGCGAUCAGUAUAAAGUGCAAAGUUUUCACCCGUUGAUUGAUUGAUGUAUUGUACAAUCCUACCCACACAGGCACGCCCACACAAUCUUUUUCUCGGUAGAUUGCACUACACUACACUCCCCAUCUCUCACCCACUCCAGAGCAACAGGAAGACGAGAGCAAAGGAACAAAUCCAGCAUUCCUUCUUAAAUCUAUCUAUGUAGUUGCGUCUUUGAACAGUCGGUUAGUCACGCACAACACAACACAUACCAACACCUGCAGUGCACACAAUCUACGAUACACAAACACACAGCCCCCAUCCA